GGCUUGUAUGUAAACAAGGUCAGCCCUACACUGCAGUGCAUAUCACAGGCUGCUGGAAAGGCAGAAGUUGGCUGGUCUUCGUGGACACCUGUGGCAGAAGUCUGCGGACGCUGAUUUUUCUUUAGGGGUUCAAGAGGUCCACAGAGCUGCCAAGAUGAUGAAAGACUGCCUGCAUUUUCUCAUCGAGCCGGCCAAGAAGCUCAAAAUCCGGCUGAAGGUUUCUUCUCCUGUUUACCUUUCCGCUAUUUCACCUCUGAAUUUUUUCAGGAAUCUCGUAAAAGAGCAAGAACUGAAAAGAAAGCCCCCCUUCUAGAGAGUCAGCUGUUCAUCAUGGAGCUGGCCAGGGAGCUGAACCGGGUGUGCCAGAAAUCCGACGUCCUCGGAUAUAUCUGGACCUGUCAGGACAUCUGGCCCCCUUCCAUGUGCCGUGCCUUCAUCUUCGAAUGGGCCUCGGUGCUGGAGAGUAAGCAGAAGCCAGUGCCGGCACGUGAGUGGUCAGAGCGGUGUGACUGGAGGGCGCAGCUUUUAGGCAGCUUGGAGCGGGAUAGCGAGCAGGAUGUGGAGACCUCCAAGAGGACCAUACAGGACUGGAGUCGGGAGCUGAGGAUGCAGUCAAAGCGUAGCGUGUGGCCCGGGGAGCCGGUGGUGCUGAUGCUGGACGACCUGGAGACACAGUGGCGGAAGGGGCGGGUGCCAAGCCUGCUCUCCGCCAUGGAGCUGGUCAUGUGGACCCUGCUGACCGACGACCCACAGAAGGAUUCUGUUCCCCAGCUGUGGUUCACCAGGAAACAAAGGAGUCAGAAAUUAAAUGCUACCAGGUACAUUCCUCACAAUGUCUGGAACUGGAUCACUGAAGCAGCAGUGGAGGUGACCCUUGACCCAGACACGGCAAACCCAGACCUGUUGAUCUCCCACGACGGCAAGCGCAUGCGCUGCGGCUUCGAGAGGAAGGAGGUGCCCAACUUCCACCGGCGCUUUGACGGCUGGUGGUGCGCAGUGGGCACACAGAGCUUCGCAUCCGGGCGGCAUUACUGGGAGGUGGAGGUGGGCGAGAGGGACUGGCGGCUGGGCGUGGCCAAGGAGUCGGCCCUCAGGAAGGGCUACAAGUCGCUGAACACGGAGAUGGGCUACCUAACCCUGCGCGUGGAGAGGGGCACUGAGUUCAAGGCGCUCACCGUGCCAUUCACCCCUCUACCAUCGAGCCUCAUCCCCCGUAAGGUGGGCAUCUAUCUCGACUACGACAACGGCCAGCUCUCUUUCUACAACGUGGAGAACCGCUCACACAUCUACACCUUCAGCGAGACCUUCACCGAGAAACUGUACCCGCUCUUUGGCACCGUGGAGGUCGGCAAGGGCCUGGUUAUCAGGUCGGCGGGGGCCAGGGGACACUGCUUCUGCCCUGGCCCCUGUCUGUGGGGCUAAGCGCUCAGCCUCCUUCAUUGGCAAUGUCUCAUAGCUGGAUGUAUGUGACCUGUAUCGCUAGCCGGUGGUCCUUAGCCAUAAAUGCAGCAUGCUUUUCGCAUCGCAUGCACAGAGCUGCGCCAUCGAUGCACUUGACCCUGUUAUUCCCGCUUGCUAGAAUGUCACGCUGCAUAUUUCUGUCGGUCUAAAAGGAAAAAUUGUCAUGAUACAGUAGCACUUGUCCACGGUUGAUCUUGCAAAUAAUGAAGCACUUUGCGUGAUUAAUAAAUUUAUCAAGUGAAAAAAUCA